ACUCAAAUCCAAAAAAAACUCAGCUGUGUGUUCCUUCCUUCAUUAUUAUCUUUUCCUUCUUUCUCACUUUUCCUUCUUCUUCUGUUCUCAGACACACACUUGCCGAAUCUCACAAAAAAUAUCUAAAUUCCCUUUCUCUUAAUUUAUUAUUAUUCUUCUUCUCUUUUCAGUUUUCCAUCUUCAUCUUCAACCAUUCAAUUACAUCCUUCAUUCAUAAUUCACUCAUCCAAAUCCAAAUCCCUUUUGACUUUCUGGAUCCAAAAAUCCAACAAGACCCGAAAACUUUGCUACAGUUGAAACAAUAACUGAAUGGGUGAAGAGGUUCGAACAGACGAAGAACGUGUAACGGAGUGGGAAAAGGGUCUCCCUAACCUCCACGAUCUCACUCCUCUUUCCAUGGCGUUGAUCCCACCGGAGCUCGCUUCCGCUUUCAGCAUCUCCCCGGAGCCUCACCGUACUCUCUUCGACGUUAACCGUGCCUCUCGAAACACACUUUCUCUCCUCCGAAGCAACUCCGGAACAAUCACCAAUCAAAUCAAUCAAACUAUGUCCUGCGAAAUAGAAGAUAUAGAAGAAGACGAAGAACCCGAUCGAGACGGGUCGGGUUCGGAUUCACGAAAACAUCGAAAAAUAGAUUCUGUUAUAGAGGAAGUGGAAGCUGAAGCAGAUUCGGCUGUUAGAACAACGGAAACGAUAAAAAGGCCGAGGUUAGUGUGGACCCCACAGUUACAUAAAAGAUUUGUUGAUGUUGUUGCUCAUCUUGGGAUAAAGAACGCGGUUCCGAAAACGAUUAUGCAGUUGAUGAAUGUUGAAGGGUUAACAAGAGAAAAUGUUGCUAGUCAUUUACAGAAAUAUCGUCUUUAUUUGAAGAGAAUGCAAGGUCUUUCAAAUGAUGCUCCUUCUUCUUCUGAUCAUCUUUUUGCUUCUACACCUGUGCCACAGAGUUUGCAUGAAACUGCUUCUGCUAAUCAUUCGAAUUCUCAUUCUCAUUCUCAUUCACAUUCGCAUCAUUCUGUAACUAUUCCUAUGCCUUAUCCACCACCACCUUCGAGUAUGAUGUCAAUGCCGCCUAUGAUUGGUAUGGGACAUCAUCCACAUGGGCAUAUGGGGAUGAGUUUGCCUCCUCCUUCUGGUGGUUCUAGCUCUUAUCGUUCGCAUCCGUUUAAUAUGAUGCAUCAUAGGGAUUGGCCUCCGAAUCCUCAUUCUCAUUCUCAUCCUCAUAUGUCUUCUAAUGAUAGUAAUAAAUAAAAGGGAUUCUCUAUUCUCUUCAGGUCAGCAAUCAAAUGAUUCAAAUGUUUGAUUGUUGGUAGUAGCUGCAUCAUCAUCCUCUACGUUGCACAAACAAAUUCUUGAGGAAGUAUAUGAAAAUUCCAUGGAGCUAAAUUACAGUUUGAAUCAGAAGCAUGUACGUGUCUACAAAUUUACAAACUUCUUGGGACACAUAUCUAAUUUUUGUCACGUAAAUGUAGGUGGUGAUUGUGAGUUAAGGCAUGUCUCUUCUGGUCUACCUUACCAGAUAACUGAUUCUAAAGUAAAUUUUAAACUAGUUAGUUCUCUGUUUCAUAAAUCGGAAAGUGCUAUUAUACUGUGUAGUGCGUGUACUCCUGAAAGUGUUAACCUUCUUUUUCAGAACCAUUGCUACAUCGAAUAAAAGAGAGACUGAAAAACAGUCACCUGCCAUUUGUAACAUGCUGUGUGGUAUUAAUGUUCCUGAUUAGUGCAUCUUAAUGUUCCUGAUUAGUAUUAUUUUAUUUGACAGAGAAGUUCCAUUUUCUUAUACUGGGUGCAUAGGGGAGUUAUGUUUUGUAAAUAGAGGUACAAACGCACCCCAACCUUGAGAGUUCUUGUUUUACACUUUUACUUGUAACCAUUCAUUAUUCUGGGUUUUAUUUUCCAUGAUCAAAAGAACUGGGAGCUUGAACAAGAUCUAUGCAGUUUGAAUCUUUGCUAA